UGCAGCACCGGAGCGAUGCGGGCUUCCGGUCCGUCGGCGGCCCCAUUUCCCAUCAGGCCUGGCGGCACGCCCUUCUCUUCCGGAGGGGCGGCGGCAGUGGUUGCGCCAUGGCCAAGUCCAAGAACCACACCACGCACAACCAGUGUAAGUCGGGCCGCGGCGGGGCUCCGCCGGCCCGGGGCGGCCGGGCGCUUUGUCGCCCGUAAGUGGCACAGAAACGGCAUCAAGAAGCCCAGGUCACAGAGAUAUGAAUCUCUCAAAGGGGUCGAUCCCAAGUUUCUGAGGAACAUGAGAUUUGCAAAGAAACACAACAAAAAGGGGCUGAAGAAGAUGCAGGCCAACAAUGCCAAGCAUGCUGCUCUGCAAAAAAAAGACUGAUGUGGUUUAAGACACAGAACCGGUUUUUCUGUUGGCAUGUGUGUCACAGUGUUUUUGUACAAAUAAAAUUGGGCGUAACAAAGCUCAGGAA